AUGGGGAGUCUGGCACAUAUCUUUACAGACAAGAGACCUUUGAUUAAAGAGAUGCAUAGCUUGGGAGACAUGGGUGUUCAUUUAGAAGUUCCAGAGGCAAAUGCAUUGGUAACACAUUUUAGAGUGAUGCCUAUCUUAAUGGACCGGAUCAAAGAAGCACAAAGUAAAUAUGAGUUCGUAGCUAAGGCCUUAGAAAACCUUCAAGGAAGGAAAGGAAAGAUGUUUACUAAAAGCACAAAUGGAGUAUUGAGGUAUGAAGCCAGACUUUAUGUGCUUGCUAGUGAUGGAUUAAGGAGAGAAAUAUUGAAAGAAGCGCACAUGGAAGCCUAUGUAGUACAUCCAGGAGCUACAAAGAUGUAUCAAGAUUUGAGGGAGGUGUAUUGGUGGGAAAAACUCAAGAAAGAUGUAAUUGAGUUUGUCUCCAAGUGCCUAGCUUGUCAACAAGUGAAGGCGGAACAUCAAAGGCUCGCAGGACUACUACAGUCGUUACUAGUUCCCGAAUGGAAGUGGGACCAUAUUGCAAUGGACUUUGCAACGGGUUUGCCUCGAACUAGUGGGGGCUAUGACUUCAUCUAG